AAAUUGACAGGUUCUCUCCUCAAACAAAAUGGCGGUGUUGAGUUUGCUCAGGGCUGCUCGACCUUCGCUACUUAAAUGCCUCCAACCCCAUACUAAGGCCCAACCUAGCACCUUAUUUAGAAGCCAGAAUAAUGCUUUAGUACCAGUACGACAUGGACAUGGACCAUCAAAGUUACAGAUUAAACCUAGUAAGCAGGAUUGGACAGUCUUCAAAGAUCAGUUGCAUUACUAUAUCAUGCUUGGUGCCAUCCCACUAGGUUUACUGAUAACAUACGUCAAUAUAUUCAUAGGUCCUGCCCAGCUAAGAGACAUCCCCGAGGGCUAUGAACCAAAACAUUGGGAGUAUCAUAAGCACCCCAUAUCAAGGUGGUUUGCACGUUAUGUAUAUGACUCACCUGAAAAGGAAUAUGAAAAAGCACUUCACUUUAUACACAUGGAUGCUGAAAAGCGAAAAUAUAGGCUCCUUGAGAAAGAGGUACGCUACUUGAUGGGUAAACGAGGAGAUUCUAAGGGAUGGUAUUAUGUGCCUAUAAAUGAGCGCCGCAUACACAGAGCUAUUGAAGAUCAUGAUGAUAACUAUGCUACACUCAGUAAAUAAUGCAGAAAUUCAUAGGACAUUUUGUACAUAGUCAAUUUUAUUUACGUUUGGCCAAUGGACACACUGGUGUUUGCAUACCAUUUAGUACUGUAAUGUGUUUGUGUCUAGCGGAAUUGGAUAGAUUCAGAGAGUGGUAUACAUCUGGACUUAUAGAUUCAAAUUUUCAGUUUGAUGGCACAUAUUUAGAUAGCCUAAUCCCCUACAAAGGUAGAACAAUAUUUGAUUUGUAAAAUCAAAACUAAUAUCCAGCAAGCUUUUAAUGCCAAAUCUUCAUUGGAUACUUUGCCAAUAAAUUAUUGAAAAAUAUUAAAAA